UUCGACUGGCGCGCAGGCGGCACACAAAGCUACGUACUCCGGAAAGAGUACGGAUUUUCGGAGACGUGAUCAUCCAGAAAUACAACGAUUUUUUUUAACAUUACCAAGCAAGCCCAAGAAAAAUCGCCAUGUUUGAGGAGAGCAAUAACCCCACCCCAGAUACUUCGCUGUGGACACUUCAGGGGCGGCAAAGACCGAGUCCCGCCCAAAGGUUGCACAACCUCACCUCCGCCGGCUCAGCGAGCUCAUCCUCCGGCCGGCCGAUGCCGCAGAACAUCUUCACGAAUCCCGCUAUCCAGCCGUCCAGCGUUAUCAACCUGAACCACUCCACCGACGUGGUCAUCGGUCCCAUGACCCAAUACCAGGGACCGGUAUCCAUAUACUAUAUGGACUACAUGGAGGCGCACGCCAUGCAAACGGCCGCAGGAAUCAACAGCAACAAUGCCAAUGGCAAUGGCAACGCCACUCGAAGUCGCGAUAAUUCGCCAUCGAGACGAGUCACCCGCAACACCAUCCUGCUGAUCACGCUGAUCCUGUUGGUCCUGGCCACCGCAUUGGUUGUGCUCUACGUGGAACUCAAUCGACCCAAGCCCGAGUUGCCCAGCAACAAGGCCAUCUACUUUGGCAACAACUACGACCACCACACGUUUCCGAAUCUAGGAAACGGCCAUCUAGUCGUCGACCGGAAGCAGUGGGGUGCCUCUGAGACUACUCAGGCUCUGACCAUUCCCCUGAGGCGACCCAUUCCCUACGUCCUAAUCACCCACAUCGGAGUGCAGUCGCAGCCCUGCGAGAACAUCUACAAGUGCUCCAUCAAGAUGCGCACCAUCCAGGACUCGGCCAUUGCUGAGAAGGGUCUGCCGGACAUCCAGUCCAAUUUCUAUGUUUCGGAGGAGGGCAACGUCUACGUGGGCCGCGGCUGGGACUGGGCCAACACGUAUGCGAACCAGACAUUGGCCAUUACCUUUAUGGGCGACUAUGGACGCUACAAGCCCAGUGCCAAGCAGCUGGAAGGUGUCCAAUUCCUGCUGGCCCAUGCCGUGGCCAACCGGAAUCUUGAGGUGGACUACAAACUGGUGGCGCAAAAUCAGACCAAAACGACCAGGAGCCCGGGGGCAUAUGUGUAUCAAGAAAUCCGGAACUGGCCGCACUUCUACGGCUGCGGAAUGGACGGAGCAGCGGCGUGUGGCAGCGAGUUGGGCAUGAAAACGGAAUCGUGGGAUGCCAAGCAGUAGCUACAGACUUUGUUCUACCACCUAAGUGUAAUCCAAACACAAACUGUAUUUAAUACAUAUACUAAGGCGAGUCGAGCUUUCUUUUAAUCGGUUAUGCCGGCUUCGAAAACACAGUAAACCGGUUGGCAGCAAGCGGUUUACUUAUAAAGCAGAUCUCUCUCUCUCUGUCUCUCUUUUUGGAGCUGUUUGUUUAAGUGUCGCUCAAAAAAGCUGGAAAUUCCCAAGCCGCAGUCAACCUCUAUCAGUGCCAAUACCCCAUACCAGAACCCCUUUCACUCCCUCAUAGACGGGCUUAAACACUCAUGAAUCAAGUGAAUGAGUGUGUUAGUGAGUGUGUAAAUAUAUGACAGCCUUUGUGCGGCAGUACAACAUCGUUAUCGGUAGCUUCACUUCACUUGUAUAGACGAUGUUGUGAUCGCUGUGGCUGCCUUUGUCAUUUAUCUGUCUUUCAACUCAAUGCAUUUAACAUGCAAUAUUUUAAUGAUGUUUUAUUGUUGUUAUCAUAUGCAGUGAUUACUAUCCUUUAUACAGGAUGACUGGUAAUUGCCCAGAAAUAUUUAAAAAUAAAAUGGGUAUUCCUGCUAAUACCGACAACCUUCAGUUCAAAGCCCUGAAAAGCUACAUACGCAUUUUCAAUGAUUUAUAAUAGCCUUUUGAUAUGUUUAUACUUUUACUCUGCACAUCAAACGAUGGGAUAAAACUAUGACGACAGAGGAGUUGAGAAACUUUGACCCUCGUUUCAUCCAUUACCCAAAAUCCAACCUGCCCUAAAAGAGUGACGUUCGUUCAUUGACUAAUUAAACCCA